UGCAGGGGCGUGACGUCACGUAAGUUGACUCUGAUUGGCCACUUACCCUACCGCCCCUUGAAAUAGCGGUUUGUUAUUGGACGAAAGGACAUGCAACGUAACUGUUAUGACUGUCGGUGAUUGGUCAGUUCUCCUGUCAGGGAUUAUAUACGGAAGUGAAUGUUCCAGCAUGGAGUCCACACAGGAAAAUGGAAAUCUUGCAAAUGUCCGCCACAUUAUUCUGGUGAUGUCAGGGAAAGGAGGUGUUGGGAAGAGCACCUUAUCUACCCAGAUUGCUCUGGCUCUGCGUCAUGCAGGGAAAAGGGUUGGAAUUCUUGAUGUGGACCUGUGUGGACCUAGCAUUCCGCGCAUGCUUAAUGCUGUGGGUAAAGAGGUCCAUCAGUGUGACAGUGGCUGGGUACCCGUGUAUGUAGAUCAAGAAAAGACCAUUUCUCUGAUGUCCAUUGGCUUCUUGUUAGAUGGUCAAGAUGAUGCAGUGGUAUGGAGGGGCCCUAAAAAGAACGCAAUGAUAAAUCAGUUUAUCAACGAUGUGGCAUGGGGUGAGCUAGAUUUUCUCAUUGUCGACACACCUCCAGGAACAUCAGACGAACACAUUACUACCGUGCAAGCCCUACGCCCCUUCAAACCUAUGGGUGCCGUUAUGGUCACCACACCACAGGCUGUGUCUGUUGGAGAUGUUAGACGGGAGCUGACAUUUUGCAAGAAGACCGGCUUGGCAGUGAUUGGCAUAGUGGAAAACAUGAGUGGAUUUGUUUGUCCAUACUGCUCGGAAUGCAGUAACAUCUUUUCCAAGGGUGGCGGUGAGGAAUUGGCGAAGUACGCUGGCGUGCCCUUUCUAGGAUGUGUCCCAAUUGAUCCACUUCUGAGCAAAAGCGCGGAGGAGGGUAAAGACUUUAUCCAGGAGUUUCCCAAUAGUGCAGCCUACCCAGCCCUUACCAGCAUUGCCAAGUUAAUCCUAGAGAAGGCAGCACUGACCCUCUGACCAAAUCAUCUAGCCAAGCCUCACCAUAACCUUCCUGGAUUUUGUUUAUUAAAAUUUGUGGACAGAGAAACAAGACUCCCAGAGGGACGUUGCUGAAUAUUUUACAUCCAAAAAGGUCCCUUUUAUCAGCGUGGAAACAUCUGGAUGUGCAUUUGAUAUUUCCAUUUAAAACACUUCUGUGCUGUGAGCGUUACUUCCUAGGAUAAAUAAUAGCUAAUGCACUCAAAUUGUGUUCUUUGAUAAUUUCAUGGUGCAUACAGACAUUAAAGCCCUUGUGCAGAA